GCCGCGUCCCGGCCCUGUCUGCCUUCGGAGCCAGAUCAGGGCUGCCGCAGCGUUGUCCCCACAGGUUUCUGUGCCCUUUCUUCGCGGGUAUCCGGGUCCCUGUCCCCACGGGCGGCAUCUCCUUAUCCCGAGAAGCUGUGGGUGAUGGACUAAUCCAGCCAUGGGUAGUGUGAAUGGCUCAGAAGGUCCCUGGCUACAAAGAUUUGCAAAUGGGAAACCUGUGAGAAAACCCAAGCGGCAACAGCCUUGGAGGGCACCACCUGAUCAAAGCCGAGACAUCAUUGCUUCUGCUCAGUGCAUCUUGGACAGAGAAAAUUUUGUGAGGGAGGUGGACAGAUAUUUGAAGCACGAUGAUUUCCUACAUCUGAGAAAGACAGAGCUUCUGUACAAAAAAUAUCUUGAGAAUGUUUCAGAGCCAUUUAUGCAGAAAAUGAAGGACCAAAUGGACAGCCAGUCACAGAAAGAAGUGUGGAAAAGGAGACAAGAACAAUACUCUCAAUAUUUAAACUACUGUACAAAGAAGGGCUAUGUGUUUUUGGAUGAUUAUGACCCAUCAGAGUACGAUCCAUUCUUCCAGAAGACAUGCACAGACUGCUGGAAGGUGAUGAAAGUUAUCAACCAGAACAAUGACAGAGCCAGUGAUGUCACUUGUGCUCCAGCUGGCCACGGCAGCAAGCACAGCCAUCAAAGCUCCUUUGGAAGCCGUCUGACUGCAUUUAGCUGUUGUGAAUGCAAGCAUCCACAGGAAAUAAUUAGCAAGGACAGAAUAUUGACUGUAAACCCUGCAAACUUCCUGGGGAAAGAAUGACAGAAUAAUGAAAAGGAAAUCAUAAGACUGCAGGUAAGUACUCACUUCAGUAACUUUGUAUUUGACAUGAUGAGUUCCUUCCAGUUAACAAAGAUCAGCCCCAUUUCUCCUUCUGUGAGACAGCUUGAAUCAGCCAUUGGUUUUUGGAAAACCUGCAGCCAAAAAAUGAGCAAUUCUUCAGAGAACAGAAACAGCUCAGCCUCUUUGUUAGCCCAGCAGUGACUUUUUUUGAAUGCUCAAUGUCUAAUUUCUCAGCAGUUAAAAGGAAUUUCUUACUAGCACUUGUGACAGCUUUUCCCCUGAGUGUGUGACCCUAUCUGACACCAGCAUCAGCACUUACAAAGUGAGGACAAGUACUGGGACCUGCAGGCUGACAGCUCAGCAGAAGCAUUCCUUUGAUUUCAGGGUCAAUCACUGCACAUAUUAAACUUGGGCAUUGCUCCUCUCCCCUGACCCAGAGCACUCAGGGUCACCUUGUGUGCAGAACCACAGCUGCUCUCAGGGGCCCUCAGCACCUCAUCUCUGGGGAGCAGAGCACCCCUGUGACUUGACUAUUUAACAUCUGCCACACUUCAGCACACCAUUGUUCUAUACAGAGAGGUCAGGUUGAAUGCCCAGGAGCACUUAAUGCUGGCCUGUCCCUGCCCUGCUGAGGGAGGUGGUCUUGCUUCCAGAAGUAAGUCUGGGGAGAAGGCACAUGAAAAGCUUAUAUGGUGCUUCUACAGCUCUGUGCAGCUCUGCUUGACACCUGGCCUCAGCCCAUCAUCUUUUUACUAAACCCAAACACCUAAUAAUAAGAUUUGGAAAACAGGAAGGUCUUUGUAAGCUGAUGGGUUUCACAAAGUAGUGCUUUUGCCUGGUAAGCAAUCACAUAUCAUUCAUUGGAAAGGGAGGUGCCCACACACCUUUUUUCCUCCAUCAUCUCACAACUCAAGAAUCCCUUCAUUGUUAUUACUCAGUAUAGAGGUGUUCUUUUCCCAAAUGCACUUUCAUAUCCAAGACAUCUCACCUCUACAACGAGCUGCAGAUCGUCCAUGUACCUUUCUUCCGUCUGAAUGAGCUCGUGGAUGUAGCCCUGCCUUUUCCUUUCCAUGGGCUGCAUGGUGUCAAGGCUCUGGAGAUCAGCACACCCUGCAGGAAGGAAGUCAGGAAUUCAGAUCCCACUCAAGGCAUUAAAUCUGAUAAAUUAACAAAAUUGCAUCAGCAUUCAGCAGUCUAUGGCUCAGACUAUACAGGCACUGAUAAACCCUCUCUGCAGCAGCAGUGGGUUUCAAAAUCAAGUGAUGUAGCAAUUGACCCCCUCCCUUCUUCGUGUCACUUUUCAGUCUAUCACCUUUUUAUUUCUUUGGACACCCCUUGUACUGUGAUGCAGAAUAAGAGUUCUUAACUUCUUGCCUUUCCAUUUGUCUCAUGACUUUUCUCAUCUCUUCUGCCACACUGAUUUGAAACUGUGAUUUUCUCUUACCUUGAGCAAUGUCUUUUUGAACUUGAUGAUCUUAAAGAUCUUUUCCAACCUCAA